UUUAAACUAACUGAUUAAACAGCAAGAAGAAGAUGAAGUUGAGAUCUGAUUGAACUGCACUGUGAAAGAUUUUGAUCGAGCAAGAUGAUGGUGGAUCUGGCAUCGUUCUCGGACGAGAAAUUCGAUUCGAAGAAAUGGAUUAACGCCGCAUGCCAGCAAGGGCGCCAUCCUCAGGAUCCUGUGGAGAAGCACUUGGUGGAUCUCGAAAUGAAGCUCCAGAUAAUAUCAGAAGAGAUCGCCGCCUCUCUUGAGGAACAGAGCUCCGCCGCUCUCCUUCGAGUCCCUCGCGCCUCUCGCGACGUCAUCCGCCUACGUGAUGACGCUCUAUCUCUUCGCACUUCCGUCGCCUCUAUCCUUCUUAAGCUCAAGAAGGCAGAGGGAUCUUCUGCAGAAUCAAUUGCUACAUUGGCAAAAGUAGAUACAGUAAAGCGAAGGAUGGAAGCUGCUUUUGAAACUUUGCAGGAUGCAGCCGGAUUAACUCAACUGAGUGCAACUGUGGAGGAUGUUUUUGCUAGUGGCGAUCUUCCUCGAGCAGCAGAAACCUUGGCCAACAUGAGGCACUGCUUGUCUGCGGUUGGAGAGGUUGCCGAAUUUGCAAACAUAAGGAAACAACUUGAAGUAUUGGAGGAUCGAUUAGACACAAUGGUUCAGCCACGCUUGACUGAUGCUUUAACUAACGGCAAGGUUAAUAUUGCUCAAGACAUGCGGAGCAUUCUUAUUCAGAUUGGAAGGUUCAAGUCAUUGGAGCAGCACUAUGCUAAAGUCCACCUAAAGCCUAUAAAGCAGGUCUGGGAAGAUUUUGAGUCACGUAGAGUUAGUAAAACUGGAAAUGGGAAAACUGAAGCUGAAAGGUUAGCUGGUCAUGAAGUAGCAUCAAGCUUGCCCAUGGUGCCAUUCUCUAGCUGGUUACCGAAUUUCUAUGACGAAUUCCUACUAUAUUUGGAACAAGAAUGGAAGUGGUGUAUGGCCGCUUUUCCUGAUGAUUAUAAAGUACUUGUUCCGAAGCUACUAAUUGAGACAAUGACAGGUAUAAGUACCAACUUCACGUCUCGUAUAAACCUAGCUACAGGAGGUGUGGUUUCUGAGACAAAAGCACUAGCCAAAGGCAUACUGGAUAUCCUUUCUGGAGACAUGCCUAAAGGGAUAAAACUUACGACUAAACAUCUAGAAGCACUCAUCGAGUUACACAACAUGACGGGAACAUUUUCAAUGAACAUCCAACAUCUGUUUUCAGAUUCCGAUCUUCAGAUUUUGCUGGAGACAUUUAAAGCCGUUUACCUCCCUUACGAAACAUUUAAGAAGAAGUAUGUACAGAUGGAGCGUGCAAUUCUGUCAGGUGAGAUUGCGGGAGUAGAUCUGAGAGGAGCAGUUGUGAGAGGCGUGGGAGGCCAGGGAGUUGAGCUUAGUGAAACAGUUAGAAGAAUGGAGGAAUCCAUUCCACAAGUGAUUCUUCUUCUUGAAGCAGCUGUGGAGAGGUGCAUCAGUUUUACUGGUGGUUCAGAAGUGGAUGAACUGAUUCUCGCCCUGGACGAUAUCAUGUUACAAUAUAUUUUAGCAUUACAAGAAACAUUGAAAUCACUGAGAGUAGUCUGUGGAGUGGAUGCUAUUGUUGGAAGUGAUGUGAAUUCAAAGAAAGAGACUGGGAUAGAAAGAAAGGAUGUUCCUCGUAAGGCCGAGUCAAGCUCAAACGAGGAGGAGUGGUCCAUUGUCCAAGGUGCUCUUCAGAUUCUCACAGUUGCGGAUUGCUUAACAAGCAGAUCUUCUGUUUUCGAAGCUUCUUUGAGAGCUACACUUGCUAGGGUUAGAACGAGCCUAUCCCUUUCAGUAUUUCGUUCAAGUGUAGACCAAUAUAACCCGACGACUGCUGGAAAGGCUGCACUGGAUGUUGCAGCAGUACGACUUCUUGAUGCACCUCAAAAGGCUAGAAAGCUCUUCAAUAUUCUUGAACAGUCAAAAGAUCCGCGGUUCCAUUCGCUUCCAGUGGCGUCACAAAGAGUGGUAGCAUUUGCAGAAACAGUGAAUGAACUUGUUUAUGAUGUUCUAAUAUCGAAAGUUCGUCAAAGGCUGAAGGACGUAUCUAGUAUGACAAUAUGGGGUUCGGUUGAAGAAGCGAGUGCUCGUCAUUUGCCGAGCUUUAGCGCGUACCCUCAGGGCUAUGUGACAAGUGUUGGUGAAUACUUGCUCACUUUGCCCCAACAGCUUGAACCACUUGCCGAGGGCAUAUCAAGUGAAAGUAUCACAGAUGAUGCACAAUUCUUUGCAACCGAGUGGAUGUUCAAGGUAGCUGAGGGUGCUACGGGUCUUUUCAUGGAGCAACUGCGGGGGAUUCAGUAUAUAUCAGACCGUGGAGCUCAGCAACUUUCGGCUGAUAUUGACUAUCUGAGCAAUGUGCUUUCUGCAUUAUCAAUGCCUAUACCUCCAGUGCUCUCUACUUUUCAAACAUGCUUAUCAACACCGAGAGAUCAGCUUAAGGAUUUUGUGAAAACCGACUCUGGCGAACAACUUGACCUUCCCACUGCUAAUCUUGUUUGCAAAAUGAGGCGCGUAAACCAGGACUAGUAAUUUUUGUGCUGUAUGGAGAUUAGCAGAGAUUUUACUUUCCUUUUUCUUUGGAAUGAUACUGAUCAACUUCUGCUGCUUAAACAGUAAACACUAUAGAUUUGUAACUAAUAUAUAUUUGUUAACAAUUGACAAUCUUUUGCAUAUGAAAAAGAGAUGUUUGAU